CGCUUGUAUCGGGGACAACGCAAAGAGGACAACGCAACAAACAACGACAUGGCGGAGAGUGGGACCAGAGCCACCGAGAGCGGCGGCUCGUCACCAAGAAAGCGACCGCGGAAGGAGGCCCCGCCGCCUCUGGUGGAAGGUGUUGGCGAACACAAGAAAGCCAGGGGCCAACGUGCCGCCAUCGAGGACCCGAAGAAGACCUCUAAGAUUUGGUUGAACCACAAGCUGGUGGCACGACCAAACUAUAUUACAUCGUACGGCAUACUAAUGUAUCGCGAAUCAACGGCCAGCGACGAUCCGGGCAGCAGGAGGAACAGCGAGAGCGCCGACGAACCUGCCAAGGACAAUGGUUGCAGAAACAGCCAUGGCRACGUGCCACAUCAUCGAAAGGAAUUCGAGUAUUUGCUGGGUUUGAUACCCCAGGGCAAUGCUUGGACCGUCUUCAAGGGGCUCCCCGAACCCAACGAAACACCGGAAGAAACAGCCGUGCGGGAAUUCGAGGAAGAAACCAGCCUUCGGUUUCCGUAUCCAUUCCCGAACACGGGGAAGAAUGUUUUCACGACGAAGCUGUAUGGGGUGACCUCGACCAAGAAGCUGCUCCAGAUUUACCUGGUUCCUUCUCCGCCGGAACUGGACACCUCUCGGUUCGAUGUGGACAAGGUCGUCACCAUCGACGGAAGUGGCAGGUUCUCCGGGCUGCCCGAAAUCAUCGAAAUAAGGUUUUUGACCAAGGACAAGGCGAUCGAGGGCGUCCGGGGCAAGGGAAACCAUAGGAUUGCCAAAAUCUACAAGUCCCAGAUAUCAAUACUGGAACGAGCUGACAGCAUAUUGCACCAAGAAUAAUAAGACGUGACAUGCAUUUAAAAGUA